GGCGACAAUUGCACCGGAAGUUAUGCAGUGCACCAUACUGAAUUUGAAUUUUCUAAGUUGUGCUAACAGUUGAGGAGCUGGCUACAAGGUAGCACACGAUUUGGCUAUGCUUUGUUAAAUUGCUAUAUUUUUCAUUACACACUUUAGUAUUUGUCGGGUACGAAGGCCAGUGUGCAAGAAUGUAGCUUGCUAGAGAACGUUGCAAUAAUGCCGAUAUAUUGAGAUUUUGUCUUUUGAAUAUGACCUCGUUACCGUCACCCCAGCAGUACACAGCCUCAAGCUCAGCAUGCAACAUAUUACCUGGUGAUGGGAGUCAGGUGCAGCCCAAAGCCCCUCUCCUGCAGAUUCUGCGUGUGGCUGGAGCCCAGGAGGACAUCUUUACCCUCAAGGAGGUGAUGCACUACCUGGGCCAGUACAUCAUGGGGAAGCAGUUGUAUGAUAAACAGAGGCAGCACAUAGUGCACUGUCAGGACGACCCACUGGGAGAGCUGCUGGAGGUCGAGAGCUUCUCCGUCAAAAACCCCAGUCCAGUCUACGAGAUGCUGAAGAAGUAUUUAGUUGUGCUGAGUUGUUCAGACGCUGCAGAGAGUCUUUCUGUGGGCCGUGAGUGUGUAGAGGGCGGAGUGGAGGACCGCGGUCAGGUGUGUGGGGGCGUGGCCAAGGCGGGCCUGGUUGUGGCCAGUGACGAGGCCCUCCCCAUGCAGACCCCGUCUCAGAGACGACCCCGGGAGCCUGACGAAGACUCUUUAGAUGGCUUGCCCCAGUCGGCCUGCAAACGGCCCAAGCUUGAUGUCACACUAGACGAGUGGGACCUCUCAGGACUGCCCUGGUGGUUUCUGGGUAAUCUGCGUAACAACUACAGUCGCAGAAGCAACGGCUCUACGGACAUCCACACUAAUCAACUGUCUCCUGCGCAGGAUGAGGACACAGCGAUCGUGUCGGACACGACGGACGACCUGUGGUUCCUGACGGAGGGGGGAAGUGAACAGGUGAGCGUGGAAAUGAAGGAGGCCGUGCUGGAAGAAGGGAGUGGAGGAGAAGGAGAGCCGCCACCUGAAGAGGAGGGAGGAGGAAAAGAGGAGAAGGCUGAUAAGGAGAUGCAGGAGGAGCCAGAUGAGGACUCUCAGUGUCUGAGUGAUGAUACGGAUAUAGAGAUCUCUACACAGGAUGCAUGGCAGUGUACAGAGUGCAGGAAGUACAACUCUCCUCUCCAGCGCUACUGCGUACGCUGCUGGGCUCUACGCAAGAACUGGUACAAAGACGUCCCACGGUUGGUCCACUCACUUUCCGUCCCCGACAUCCCAGCAUGCAGUUCUCUGGCCCCGCGAGAAGACGACGACGAGAAGGAAAGUGACACAGGCAUCGACGUCCCAGACUGCCUCAGGACCGUGUCUGACCCCGUCAUCCUGCCCUCACACUCCACCCCUGACCGCUUGCUGCCCCCUGGGGUUCCAGGGAAGGGCAAGGGUCCUAGGCCGCGAGGCCUUCCCAGGGAGGAGCAGCUCUCUGGGGGAGAGAGUCAGGAAAGCCUGGGGAUGGAAGUAGAGGUUAGGCCCGAGGCUCUGUUGGAGCCUUGUAAGCUGUGUCGGAUGCGUCCGCGUAACGGGAGUAUUAUACACGGCCGCACGGCUCACCUGCUAACCUGCUUCUCCUGCGCCAGGAAGCUGCACAAGUUCCACGCUCCAUGUCCCGGCUGUGGACAGAUCAUACAGAAGGUUAUAAAGACAUUCAUAGCCUGAGAGGAUUGGAACACACAGAUUAAAUACA